CUUACCUCAGUAGCUUGGGAUACUUUGCCCUCACGGCCCCGCCCCCAGAACCAGCCUGAGCAAUGGCGCUCACCACGACGGGGACGGCGGCGUGCUCGUGCCCGGGCGCGGAGCCAGGCAACGUGCUCGCGCCCGCGCAGGCGUCGGGGCUGCGUGCGGAGGGCGUGGCUCCGGCGGAGGGUGAGGUGAAGGAAGCGCUUCUGGAAAGGACUUCCUGUUGCUCCUCUCGGCCUUGGUUUACCCGCGGCCGCCAGCCCCUUUCCUCUCACCUCGCAGUGACUUUCUCGUGUUUUUCGUUCUCUCUUUACGAUUCAGUGCAUCCGCUUCUCCCACCAUCUUGAAGAAAAGGACUCUUUGCUCUUUUCCAAACCCACCACGAAGCAGGUUCUUUAAUCGGUCAUUCCAGUCCUUUCUGAGGUGUGUCAGGGCCACAGUUUGGAAGUCUCUGAGGGGCCGACUUUGACGUUAAAGUUCACUUGUGUGGAGAACCUUCUUUUUUGAAUCGUUCUAGAAUGUGACAUCAUCAGACUUGCUAAUCCUGUCCCCUGUUGCUUUAUCUGAGCAGAUUUGCCACCUGCGUUGUUUUUCAUAAUAGAAUACUCCUUGUUUCUGUGAAUACACAGCAGUCACAGUGACUCGUGGAGGCUUGAGGCAAGCAGUAGUGUGCUGGACUGCCCCACAGUAUUUUCUUGGAGAAAUAGUCAUGGAAGUGCUGCGCCCACAGCUUGUAAGAAUUGAAGGACGGAAUUACAGGAAGAACCCCAUCCAGGAGAAGACCUAUCAGCAUGAAGAAGAAGAUGAGGACUUUUACCGAGGCACCAUGGAGGACACCGAUGAGCCCUGUGAUGCCUACGAUGUGGAGCAGACCCCGCAAGGAUUCCGCACUACCAUGAGGGCCCCCAGCCUGCUCUACAAGCAUAUCGUUGGAAAGAGAGGGGAUACCAGGAAGAAAAUAGAGUUGGAGACUAAAACAUCUAUCAGCAUUCCCAAGCCUGGACAAGAUGGAGAAAUUGUAAUCACUGGCCAGUAUCGGAAUGGCGUAAUUUCAGCCAGAACUCGGAUUGAUGUUCUUUUGGACACUUUUAGAAGAAAGCAACCCUUCACUCACUUCCUCGCCUUCUUCCUCAAUGAAGCGGAGGUUCAGGAAGGAUUUCUGAAGUUUCAGGAGGCAGUUCUGGAGAAGUGCUCCAAGGAUCAUGGAGUUGAUAGCACCAUUUUCCAGAAGCCCAAAAAGCUUCACCUGACUAUUGGGGUGUUGGUACUGCUGAGUGAGGAAGAGAUCCAGCAGACAUGUGAAAUGCUACAGCAGUGCAAAGAGGAAUUUAUUAAUGACAUUUCAGGGGGCAAGCCCCUGGAAGUGGAGAUGGCAGGCAUAGAAUACAUGAACGACGAUCCUGGCAUGGUAGACGUUCUUUAUGCCAAAGUGCAUAUGAAAGAUGGCUCCAGCAGGCUGCAAGAGUUAGUCGAUCGAGUGCUGGAACGUUUCCAGGCAUCUGGACUCAUGGUGAAAGAAUGGAAUAGUGUGAAACUGCAUGCCACAGUCAUGAAUACCCUCUUCCGGAAAGAUCCCAAUGCUGAAGGCAGGUACAAUGUACACACUCCGGACGGCAAGUAUAUCUUCAAGGAAAGAGAAUCAUUCGAUGGCCGAAACAUUUUGAAGUUGUUUGAGAACUUCUACUUUGGGUCCCUACGGCUCAAUUCCAUUCACAUAUCUCAGAGGUUCACAGUAGACAGCUUCGGAAACUACGCCUCCUGCGGACAGAUUGACUUCUCCUGAGGUGGGUCUCAGAGAGCACCAGAAGCUGAACAUCCUCAUGAGGUGCUGAAGAUAAUCUCCACCCUCUACACCAAGGAGACAUGCAACAACGUGGAGGGUGACUUUCCCGGUGCUUUCUAGGGACUCCCCAAUGAGCAAAGCAGCAGGCAGGACGGUGGGGGCACAGGGGCAGCCUGUGUCUGUAGUCCCGGCCUGGUCUGUGUUUCAGGUUUCCCCGAUGCAUAUGGUAGAAUACACAUAAAAUGUCCCAUUUUCACCAUCUAUAA